AUGUUCGAAGAAGAGAACGUGGCGACACCAGCGCGCGGUGCACGCGUGAUCUCGGGGGACAUGGCGGUGCUUUACGGUGACACGAAGAACUACGACAUAGAACGCGGCUACACGCGCCACACCAUCACCGACCCGUCCGACAACCCCGGCAUCAUCGUGCGGCUCGCCACCCCCACCAUCAUCAACCACGUGCGCCUGCUGCUCUGGGACCGGGACAACAGGUCCUACGCAUAUUACAUCGAAGUGUCAGUGGACCAAAAGGACUGGGUACGUGUGAUCGAACACAGCGACUACUUCUGUCGGUCCUGGCAGAACCUCUACUUCGAGCCCAGGGUCGUCCAGUACAUCAAACUCGUUGGCACUAGUAAUACUGUUAAUAAGGAGUUCCGCGUGGUGUCGCUGGAGGCGCUGCACACGGCGCGCGUGCCGCCGCUGCGCAACGGCCUCAUCGAGCCCGUGCACAACGUCGCCACGCUCGACCUCUCCGCCGCCGUCAUCGAGGGCAUCAGUCGGUCCCGCAACGCUCUCCUGGAUGGUGACACGAGCCACUACGACUGGGAGCAGGGCUUCACGUGCCACCAGAUUGGCUCGGGUGCCAUCGUGGUGCAGCUGGCGCAGCCCUACUUGCUCGGCUCCAUCCGCAUGCUGCUGUGGGACUGCGACUAUCGCCACUACUCCUACUACGUAGAAACUUCGCUCAACUACCGGGAUUGGGAGAUGGUCUGCGACAGAACUAGGGAGGCUUGCAGGUCAUGGCAGGUGAUCUACUUCAAGCCGCGGCCAGUUUCAAUCAUCCGCAUCGUUGGCACAAACAACUCUGUUAAUGAGGUAUUCCAUUUAGUGCACCUGGAGUGUCCUGCACAGGUGGAGUACCCGCGGGAGGACCUUGCCGCCAAGCAACACCGACCCUCAAUUGAGAACAGACUUAACCCUAGCGGUCCCGCUCCUGCCCCGGGUCCUGGUCCGGCCGCGGAGCGAUACGACGCCUGA